UUAGCAUCCUAAGAUCAUUUUGUUGCUAGAGACUCUGGGAUGCACAAAAGAUCCAUAAUCCUUCUUUUUGUUAAUAAAAUGAGAUUUGGUACAAAACCUGUUCUCGAAACAAUCGUACAUUUUUCCUCAGAUGACGUUUCUUGCUCUGUGGGGGGACCUCUCGGGAUGGAAGACGGUCGCAUCCCGGAUGAACGCAUCACAGCUUCGUCUUUUUGGGAAAACCGAGCUGUUUGUGGCCCAGUCAGGGCCAGACUGAAUACUCAAGGAUACGCUGCAGCAUGGUGUAACGAUGAAAUCACUGAUAAUAUCAGUCCAUGGAUACAGGUUGACUUCGAUGGCACAGUCACCAUCACUGGUCUGAUCACCCAGGGGCUUGGUGACAGCCACCCAUACGACCAAUGGGUGACGGAGUACCAAGUGACGUACAGCAAAGACGGUCAGUCCUGGAAUAACGUGAAUGAUGCAGACGGCACACCAAAAAAGUUCCCUGGUAACAAGGACAAGAACACCCUGGUAACUACUCGCCUACCGUUUGCCUUGCGCACCAGAAUCCUGCGCAUUCACCACACUGCGUGGAGCGUACAUUGCUGCAUGAGGUUUGAAGUGAUUGGCUGCUAUUAG